AUGGAACAUCUUAAUAUGCUGAGGCUAUUAUCCUAUUUGCUUGGACUAUUCAUUUUUACAAGUGUACAAGGAGGAAUUGCGUCCAAUCCAAAGGAUCAGUCGUUGUGCGUUCUCCAAGAUGAACCAAGACAGUGUGGCUCCUUUUGCCUGGCCGCACUGAACCCGCUUUUCGACCACUCUCGCAAUAUCCGAAAAAGGUUGGAUGAAAUCGAGGCAGGGCAGAAGGAUCUGCAGGCCGGACUCGAUUCGAGACUCAAGCUGGCGGAAGAACAACAAAUGGCGGUAAACUCCGAAAUAAAGAACCAACUGCAGGAACUCAUCACAAAAAAAGACUUUGUGAAUUCAAUUCAGGCUCUGCAGGCCAAGCUGGAUGCGCGAUUUGACAGAAUGGAGGAAUUUAGGACGAUGAAAAUAACAGCCGAUGCCAACGAUGAACUCAAAAUCCAAAUAAAUACUUUGAAAGACACUAUAAAAGACCUGCAGAGUAAGUUAAAAAUAUCCGAUGGUCAAACCAAAAACAAAGAAGAUAUAUUAAAUGUGAAAGAGAAGCACCUUAAAAAUAGAGAUGAACAAAUUUCGACCCUUACGACUCAAAUUGAAGCCACUGAGAAAACAAAAUCAGAACUUUCUAGUCAGUUUUCUGAAUUGCGGAAAACUGAUGACAAUUUACCUGACUCUUGUCCCAGUGACAGUCCCAAUGGGAUUUACCAAAUAAAGCUUCGGGGUCUUAAACCCUUUGAAGUGCCAUGUGCGACGUCUCCACCUGGUUGGACUGUAAUUCAGAGACGCAUGGACGGAUCCGAGAACUUCAAAAGACAGUGGCAUGAUUAUAAAUAUGGAUUUGGGAAUGUCAGAGGAGAAUUCUUCAUCGGGCUGGAAAAAUUGCAUCGGAUGACUGAGGCAAGACCCCACGAACUCUACAUUAAACUUGGGAAUGUUAAUGGAUCCACCAGCUACGCGCAAUACGAUGACUUUAAGAUCGGGAGCGAGGAGGAAGCCUACAAGUUGAAGACUCUAGGGAAUUAUUCUGGUGAAGCCGGAGACUCCCUUACAUACAUACUCUCAAUGGAGAAUACUCCGAAUAUGGCAUAG